GGUCGGAGCGGGCCACUCCAGCGGAUCCAGUGGACCAGAUGGCUGCUGAGCCGAGCGACAGUCCAGCUCCGCUCCCGGAUUCUCCCGAUGGCUUCGCGUCCGCUUAGAAUCCGCGACACAUUUUGUCGGCAGCCACCGAGCAUAGGUCCCUUUGGUAAUAGAAUAGCCAAUGUAAUUUGACACUUCAACUUACUGCGCUCUCUCCGAGUCUAUUCAGUUACUCAGCCACUGACGUUGAGCCUUUUCUCAGUGGCCGUGAGGGGGAAGAUAUUUAAAAGAGAAGAGCCGAAAAUUACCGAGGACUUUCUUUGCUUAAUAACCCGGGGCAAAAGACGUGAGGUGCUGGAGUGUUUCUCCUUCUGGUGUGUGAAUGGGUGGGGGGGUCCUCUGUGCUGAAGAAUCAAGGAUUAAAGUCAACACAGAACGCUCUGGUUUAAUGGCUGGCAGGUAGAGGCCAAAGAGGGACAAUCAACAUGAACUCGAUUCCAUCGAUGGACAGACACAUACAGCAGACCAAUGACCGUCUGCAGUGUAUCAAACAGCACUUACAAAAUCCAGCAAAUUUCCAAACAGCAGCAACUGAGCUGCUGGACUGGUGUGGCGACCCCCGAGCUUUCCAGCGCCCCUUCGAGCAAAGCCUGAUGGGAUGCCUAACGGUGGUUAGCCGCGUAGCAGCUCAGCAGGGCUUCGACUUGGACCUGGGCUACCGGCUCCUGGCUGUGUGUGCCGCCAACAGGGAUAAGUUCACUCCAAAAUCGGCAGAAACCAACUGCUGCAGGAGGUGUCAGUCUGACUCAGCUCUUCUGUCCUCGUGGUGUGAGGAGCUGGGACGCCUCCUUCUCCUCCGUCACCAGAAGAACAGGCAGAACGAGCCUCCAGGAAAAGUGUCCAUGCAGCCCCCUAUGAGCUCCAUGAAGCCCAGCCUCUCACAUGGAGAUGGGUCUUUUCCCUACGACUCAGUUCCCUGGCAGCAGAAUACCAAUCAGCCUCCAGGUUCGUUGUCUGUGGUGACCACUGUGUGGGGUGUGACCAACACCUCACAGAGCCAGGUGUUGGGGAAUCCAAUGGCUAACAACAACAAUCCCAUGAACCCUGGGGGUAACCCUAUGGGCUCAGGUAUGUCUAGUAGUAAUCCAGGUAUGAACUCAUCUCAGUUCCCUGGCCCUCAGCAGCAGUUUCCCAGCAAAGGCAACUCCAACCAGGGCUACAUGCAGCAGGGCAUGUAUGGAAGACCCAACUACCCCGGAGGAGGAGGUUUUGGUGGCAACUACCCUGGAGGGCCUAAUGCUGGGCCUGGUGGAAUGGCUAUCCCUCCACACUCCCGUCCACCUUCAGACUUCACUCAGCCUGCCGCUGCUGCCGCCGCCGCUGCUGCUGCAGCUGCUGCUGCCACCGCAACUGCCACCGCUACAGCAACUGUAGCUGCCCUGCAGGAAACCCAGAACAAGGACAUGAACCAAUAUGGACCGAUGAGUUCGUCUUUCCAGAUGGGACCAAACCAGGCAUACAACAGCCAGUUCAUGAACCAGCCAGGACCUCGUGGGCCUCCAUCCCUCUCUGGGAACAUGGGCACAGGCAUGAAUGCAUCCAACAUGAGUGGGCCCCCAAUGGGAAUGAACCAGCCCAGAGGCCAAGGCAUGGGACCUUUUGGGGCCCAUGGCCAAAGGAUGCCUCAACAAGGCUAUGCAGGACCCCGGCCUCAAGGCAUGGGUAUGCAGGGCAUGAAAAGGCCAUACCCAGGGGAGCCAAACUAUGGUGGGCAGCAGUAUGGACCAAACAACCAGUUCCCUAAUCAGCAGGGACAAUAUCCCACGCCCAAUGCCUCCAGGCCACUGCCGUCUCCUAACUACCCUGGACAGAGAAUGCCAGGACAGCAGCUGCAGGGCCAGUACCCUCCACCCAGUGGUGCCAUGGGCCAGUACUACAAGCAAGAACCACCGUUUAAUGGCCAAACAAAUAACUUCUCUGGGAGUGGAUAUCAGUACAGCCAGGGUAAUAUGAAUGGGCCGCCAAGACCAGUGGGUAACUACCCUCACUCCCCAGUGCCAGGUAACCCCACCCCUCCAAUGACCCCAGGAAGUAACAUCCCUCCAUACCUGUCGCCAAACCAGGAUGUGAAACCACCCUUCCCUCCUGACAUUAAACCAAAUAUCACUGCUCUCCCUCCACCUCCAGCCAGCCACAAUGAGGAGCUACGUCUGACAUUCCCAGUGCGGGACGGGGUAGUCCUAGAGCCCUUUCGGCUAGAGCAUAACUUGGCUGUCAGUAACCACGUCUUCCACUUACGGCCCUCUGUACAUCAGACACUCAUGUGGAGAUCAGACCUGGAGCUGCAGUUUAAGUGCUACCACCAUGAAGACCGUCAGAUGAACACCAACUGGCCGGCAUCGGUCCAAGUCAGCGUCAACGCCACACCCCUCACGAUCGAGCGGGGCGACAACAAGACCUCCCACAAACCCCUGCAUCUAAAGCACGUAUGCCAGCCAGGAAGGAACACGAUCCAGAUCACAGUCACUGCCUGCUGCUGCUCCCACCUGUUUGUGCUGCAGCUGGUCCACAGGCCCUCAGUCCGCUCUGUCCUCCAGGGCUUGUUGAAGAAGAGGCUUCUUCCUGCAGAGCACUGCAUCACUAAAGUUAAGAGGAACUUCAGCAGUGUAGCAGCAUCAACAGGCAAUGCCACACUCAAUGGAGAAGAUGGUGUGGAGCAGACAGCCAUCAAGGUUUCCCUCAAAUGUCCGAUCACCUUCCGGCGAAUACAGCUUCCAGCGAGAGGUCAUGACUGCAAACACAUUCAGUGUUUUGAUUUGGAAUCAUAUUUACAACUGAACUGUGAGCGAGGGACAUGGCGCUGUCCUGUAUGCAAUAAAACAGCAUUGUUAGAAGGACUUGAAGUAGACCAGUACAUGUGGGGAAUCUUGAAUGCCAUCCAAAACUCAGAGUUUGAGGAGGUCACCAUCGACCCCACAUGUAGUUGGCGACCAGUGGCUAUCAAAUCCGAUAUCCAGAUCAAGGAGGAUCCAGAUGGACCACUGGCCAAGAGGUUUAAGACCAUGAGUCCCAGCCAGAUGAUCAUGCCCAAUGUGAUGGAGAUGAUAGCUCAGCUCGGCCCCGGGCCGUCACCGUACCCAUCACUACCUUCUCAGCAAGGGGGCGGCAACAGUGAAUACGGCAGCCAAGGCAACAGUUACCAGGGACACGGGAACUUUGACUUCCCUCACGGCACCCCUGGUGGUACGUCGAUGAAUGAUUUCAUGCAUGGUCCCCAGCUGUCUCACCCACCUGACAUGCCCAACAGUCUGAUGGACAAGCCACUCUCCCACAACAUGCCUGACUCAAUACCUCAUUCUGCUGGCAAUGACCAUGGUCCAUUGCAGCAAAGCUUACAUGCAUCUCCACACCCUGGGAGCCAAUCGGGGCAGCAGCUACACCACAGCGGGCCUCCUCAGCCCUCACGACAAGUUCCACCUACAGCAGCACAGCAGCAGCAGCAGCCUGGCCCCAACAACCAUCCCCACAGCGAUCUGCCCUUCAACCCCUCCAGCAGCUUGGACAGCCAAGCAGGGUCGGACAUGCCCGAGCCAUCAUUAGACCUUCUUCCUGAGCUUGCUAACCCUGAUGAGCUGUUGUCAUACCUGGAUCCACCAGACCUCCCCAGCAACAGCAACGAUGACCUUCUGUCACUCUUUGAAAACAACUGAGAUGAUUCAGACAUAAACUUUUCUGACUGCCUGCAGUUUCCUUUAGAACCCAGGGCAGUCACUCAGUACUUGAUAAACACAAAGAUGCACUCCCUUUCUCUUCUUCCUCUUGUAUAGUUUUCAUUCGCCAGCGCAGAUUGACUGAAAGAAGUUAAAACUCAAUGCUCACGGUGGGAUGCCCGCCCCGUGGCGAUACCUUUGAACUGUGCAGCUAUACUUAGUUGAUUUUUUUAUGCCACACACAAGUGUAUAUGUGCACAUUAGGAACGUGUUGUAGCAUUUUUUUAUUCAUGUUUUGUUUCCUUUUUAGAGUAAAAAGGAAUUCACUGUAUAAAACAGAAAAAUAACUGAAAAAAGUGCUAUCUGGCCAGUGUGCAUUAUCUCCAUAUUGCUAUUCCAACUGGAGAGGCCACAGCUUCCUUAAGUCACAGCUCCAUUCCCUAAGUGGUCUGGUUAGUCGCACUGUUUUGUCCACCACACAUCAUUUAAAAGCACAAGAGAUUCUGGCAUUGGGGGAAAAUGAAUUCUUUACAAACAAAGAAUUGGAUCCAUAUAUAUCUGUCCAUGACAAAAUGUUUUUAAAAAAAAUUUUGACAAUGUUUUGAAAAGAUUUUUGGGAAUGAUUGGCUUCCACUUUGUCUAUAAUUGUGAUACUUACAUAUUUUUGUCAAAUAGAGAUUUCCCUGCUUUUCAUUGCCCAAUAGAGUUUACAGAUGGAAUGGAGAAGAUUUUGGCCCCACUGAAAAAAAGUUUAUAUUGCAUCCCAAGAAUAAUAUACAUGUACUACAUAGUGUGUAGCUUUCAUCCUCCUGUACAGAGGAGUGAGUUUAUGGAAAUUGAUGGUACAAUAUGAGAGUGGGGGGUUCCUUUGGCACUCCUGCUGUGUUUAUUGCUUCCUUCUACAGCUCCUUCCAUGCCGUGUACUCUGCAUGAGCCCCUGGUGUUGCUCAUGUCAGCGUUUUUGCAAAGUUGCAUCUCUCUCCCUGUUAAAUGAUGUGCUGUUAAGUAGUCUACAAAGUGCAUGUGUGCCAAGCCUUUGUCUAGUGCUGUUCCAAGUGGUUAAAAAAACAUAGUGUGGAUUUUAUCUGUUGUUGUUACCACCGCUCUUUUGUUUAUAUGUUUGUGUUUGAUUUCUGUCAGAUUUAGUAUGAUUAAUUUAACAUUAACAUUGAAGGGAUAAUGCUGAUACCAGCAGUACAUUUAUCAUGUAUUUGCUGGAUAUACUGUAUUAUGUUUGUUUGUCUUUUUGUUUUGUUUUGUUGUUUUGUUUUGCUGAAUAAUUAACCUAUACAUUAAUCUUUUGGGAAACUGCUCAACAUCACCAAAGUUUGAGGGAUGAGAAUGGAGAUGUUUGUGUUUGCUUGGGCCUGUGAAAGACUGAGUAUGAUCAAGUGUGUGCAUGACUGUAUGUGUGUGUAUGAGAGGUAAUAAUUGGUUUCAAAGAUAUGGAGGAGGACAAUUACAGUUUAUCCAUCACUACUGUUCAAGAAGUGGUGUUUAAAGCAGUAUUGGUGCAGACAUUUUGCCACAUUUGUUUUAAGUUUCACUUUUUGAGAAGAGUGCUGUUCAGUAUGCAAAUGUAUUAUUUUUAAAGAAAUGCUAUUGUACUGUAAAUAUAAUUGUGAAUAUUUUUAUAUCAUCUUGAUAUUGUUUGUUCUUUGAUCAUUAGUCAUCCAACCCAACCACAUAUGCUCCCCUGCUCCCAUCUGACCACUGACUUUGUUUGCAACCAGCAGCUGUCUUUUGCCUCCUUGUUGCAGAGAAGCCGGUCCAAACAUCUCAUAAGCUACUUCCUGCAGGCUGUCCUGCUUUCUAGUCACUUUUCUUCCAGUGCACUCUGUCUCACACCUGUCAUUUAUAGACGGGUGUCCCAUUUCUCUGUGGUCCCCUUCUCUGUAUCAACUGAAGGUGAUUGUGUAGCAUCAUUUCACCUGUAAGAUGUCAAGCGCAGUUUCAAGCAAUAUUUUUCUUUUGUACACAUGUAUUUGAUUGAAAAUGAUCAGUGCUGUCUAAUCAUAAAUUUCUAUUAACAUUUUAUCAGUAAUGGUUUUAGAAAGAUGUGGUAUCAGCUGGCUUUCAGUGUAAUUAGUGAGCUAUGUGAAUAUCAUACUUGUUGCUAGCUGUCAAUACACAGUGGUAUUUUAAAGAUAUAUCACAACCAUAUUUUAAAGAAAUUCAUGAUAUUGUUUAUAUUUUUAUUAUAGAAAAUGUGGCUUUUUUAAGCAUGAGACCAUAUACAGCACAUCUUUAUCCCUUUUUGUUUGUGGUAAGUUAUUUUGUACUGUUUUUCUUAUUAAUCUGUAAGGCUAGAAAUCCAAUUUCUUUCAACUGUAGCAUUGUGUUCAUUAAAUCACCUUGGGUUUAUGUAAGCAUAAUUUUGAACAUCUUUUAUGAAAUAUGAUUUGUUCCAGUUCCACACACUGACAUGCUGUUUCAUAUUUAUGUCACAAGGAGGCAUCAAAUCAAAAUUCUUUUUUAAUGAUACACGGCCUCGGUUUUAUUUGUUACUAUAUGAAUUGAGACUUUCCUUGGAAAUCAUUGUCAUUUCAUAUUUUGUUCUUACUUUCAAGUGAGCCAAUUUGAUGUAUUUGGCAGCACCCAAAAUUUGUAGUUGCACUAUCACAAUAAAGGGCCAUUUCCCUGGGGGAGUUGUUUAAAAGAAAAAA